CACCAGUGGGUCUGUCUUCUUUCUUCUGCAAACCCACAGACUCCACUCUUUAAUACGACUCCCCUGCACGCGUUUUGACAUAGUAACCUAGAUCUGUUGUAGUCUGUCGGAGAAGACAAAUCACCAACACGCAGAGAUGAUGUGGGCAGGGUUGGGCCUCCUGGUGACUGCCCUCACUGUGGAGUCCUACAUAGUUCACGACCAGCAUGAGCGUCUCUAUCACGGUCGACAGUUGAAGAUUUAUUUACCCAAAAGUUCAGAGAAAUUGGAGUUCACCUCAGCGGACAACACCCAGCCAACACUGGUUUAUUGGGACAAAAUGAGGUCAAGUAGUCGAGCGCUGAGGGGUCACGUGUCUGGGUCAGGUAAUGACCGGCGCUGGUACUUGGAACAGGUGACAUUUGACGAUGAGGGAACGUACGUCCAAAAAGACUACUGGGGUAAAGAGAUUUCCUCACUCAAAGUGGCUGUAUUGGCUGAGAAGAAAGCUGUACAACGUGUGGCCGGGAGAACCCUGUAUAUCUCAUUAGAAGGCAUCAGAAAAGAAGAUGCUACACUUCGAUUCUAUGGACAGUCUGAUAAUGUUACACUGGUCCGACAUGGCUCUCCUGUGUCUCAGGAACUGGCUGAUUAUUAUGACAGAGUUCGACUCAGUAGUAAAAACAUUGAGAUUGUCAAGGUGAACAUCAGUGAUGUGGGAUUGUAUAGCCUCAGUGACCGCAAAGAUCGGCUGGUGUCUACAACCAAGCUGGAGCUCACUGAUGUUGAAGUGAAUGGACACCCACUCCUUGCUCUGCUGUUGCUCCUGGGGAUACCAGCUGGAAUCUGCUGCUGCUGCCGAAAGAAGAUCUUCAAGUCGAAAGCCACGACCGCCCAAACACAGGCCUCUCCUGGUACAGUAGUCGUACCUAGUGGACCGACCGGACCUUGCCCUCCAUACAACCAGCCACAGCCUGGAGGAGGAUAUUACCCAGCACCAAGCACUGACUUGGGUCCUUCCAUCCACCCUCCUCCUGCUGCCCCAGGUCCAGGACAGUGGAAUGGCCCACCCACUUCUCCGGGCUUUAACCCGGCUCCAAACCCAACAUACCCUCCUCAAAACCCGGGUUACCCUCCUCAAAACCCAGGUUACCCUCCUCAAAACCCAGGUUACCCUCCUCAAAACCCAGGUUAUCCCCCUGCAGGAGCUCCCCAAUGGAAUGGUCCACCUCCAGCCGCUGGGCCCUACCCCUCUUACUCACCUGCACCCAACGCUCCAAUGGGUUAUACGCCAGCUCCAGUAAUGUACAGUGAACCUCCAGCAAAAGAAGAGAUUAAAAUGGAAAACAUGGCUCCUGCUCCCACCGACCCUCUGCUGGCUCAGCCUCCACAGACCUCUCCAUCCUCAGGCUCUGCCCCUCCAGUUCCCCCCUCCACUAUAGAUGCACUGCAUUCAACUGACACUGCUGCUACUUUUGAUAUCAGCAAAAACUCCACUAACUUCCUAUAAAUAUCUGAUUGGUUAUUUGUUAGCAGGGAGUAUACAGUGGGGUGGGCGAUAUUGGAAAAAAAAAAAAAGUUGCUCAUUUUUAUUAUCUCUUUGGCGAUGGUCAGAUGGUAUGUUUUAACAGUGCAUAAGGAAUUUGCUAAAAUGUGCCUGCAAAUGUCUUAGUUGAGAUUUAAGUAUCUGUUAGGUUUAUCUAAACAUUAAAAACAAGAAGAAAGACAAGAGAUUAAUUCAGUUUUACUCAUGAGGAGAACGGGCAGAGAGUGGGCAUCAGGCCAACAGUCUCCACACGUUCUGAUGACUCAAGGCCGCUCUCCUCUUUUUAUUUCAUUAGGAGGCCCUAGUUACAGAAUGAUAAUUCUCAAGGGGAAGGGGAAACAGCCAAGACAUAAUAAGAAACUGAUGCAGCUAUGCAUAGUACAAACACAUAAAACAUGAUUAACAAUCAGGAGGUGUCUUAGGUAUGGACAGACACCAUCAUAACUCUUGCAUGUGUGACAGUGGGAGUUGGCUUCAUGUGAGGAAUCAUCUCGAGGUUCACUAGAGCGAUAGGACACUGCACACAGUUGUCAAACACAGAGAGGUUAUUCAACAAGUGACAAGUGAUUGGUACAUUAUAAAUCAAAGAAUUGUAGUACAUAAAUGGUUAACUCAUAGGCCUAGAAUAUCACACAAGUAUUUAGCAAAUGUGGGAUAAUAAAAUUAUUCUGACAGUAUCACACAAAAUAUGUAUGGAUCAUAAAUACUGCCAUAAAGGUUUGCAAUGGUUCAAAGUUAUUCCUCACUUACUUACCUUAUGCAUAUCGAGCAUCCAAAUUAUUCACCGUACCAAGUUCAUAAGCACUUUUCACUUUGACUUUUCAGAGCGGUGUUUUGCCACCAUGGUAAAUUUAACAACAACCAGCAUGCAAGUGGACUUUUUCAUUUUACCUCAAAAGCUGCCUGUACAGCUCUGUACUGUAGGAAUACAAUUUUUGCGCAAAUUUAAGCAUAAAACUUAAUGGAUCUAAAAUGAGCCAAUUUUCAAGAAGACUCUUUUAAUCAAAACUGUUUCAUGAUAUAGAGUUAGCUAAAGUGCUUCCUUUAUAUAAUACAGAGCCUGUUUCAGCUGAGAACAUCUCUCUAUAUGGAAAGAAAGUUUAUAUGAGUUGUUUAAGCUUUUAAAGCCACAGUAUGUUUUUUUUUGGUCCAAAAAACUUCUCGUAAGGCCUCAUCUUGCUUGUUUCCAGGGUAAUGGCAUAAAACUUCUCUCCAUGGACACUGAUCCAAAAUGUGGUUCUAACUAUUUUUCUGUGGAAUGAUGCUGGCAACAUGCCACCUUCAGAAAGUUACAUACUGUAACUUUUAAAUAACAAUACAUGGUCAAGGUUUUCAGGCAAAAUGCAUCUAUAUAGAUACCUUCUAAAGAUUAGGGUAAAUACAGAAAAUGCCAAAAAUGGAGAGCGAGGUUAAAAUGAUGUUAAACAUAAUGUCAAGUGUCAGUAUAUAUUUUUUUAUUAUUUUGUAAAAAUUAAGGAGCAAUUAUUGGCAAAGUGUCCUUUUUUUUCUGUCUCCUUCCCAAAUAAUUUAAAUGGGGCCAUUCCAGAUUUAUAUCACAGCGCUAACCUUAUUAAUCUCUGUAUAUCAAUCUGUCAUUUGCCCAUUUAAUAAUUACCAGUAUUGUUGCUUGAAAUAAAUUAACAUUGAAAUACCAAAUUUUAAAUGACCUGCUUGUUGAGAAUUGGUAACCAUAACUUAGCAAAUUUAA